ACCCGUGAUAGAUACAGAUCUUUUUGAUGGUGAUAUGAUGGGAGUUGAAAGAAUGCUCGAAGCAGACAGAAACGGUCAACGACUUCCUAUUUUCAGGUGGCCUAGUGGAGUAAUACCGUAUUUUGUGAACAGGAACAUUGAUCCCGUAAAGCUAGCAGGCCUUUAUAAGGCUUUUGAUUAUUUUAAUGACAACACCUGUCUGAAGUUUAUUCCGAGAACUAGUGAGCAGUUUUACAUUCAUGUACAUAACGGAACUGGGUAAAUAUAUACUAAGGGGCUGAGCCCCCUGUUCACUACCGCUCACAAACCCCGAUGAUUGCUAAGCAGUAACUGUUUUUUUUUGGCAUGAAAUAACUUUUUCUACGAUAGUUGAAAAUAUUCACAUAAGUACAGAACGUAACGUAAAGGUAAUAAUAGAAAGGAAUACUAAUGAGGAAAAAUAAAUAUUACAAGUACCUUUAAAUAAGAGACAUAAAAAUAAUUUU